UCUCUGUUGUUGAUAGUAUACAUCGCUACCUCACGCAACUACUGGCACCGCGCUACCUCUCCCAAAAAUGGUGAAAAAAAGGCAGGAAACAGGACCUUUCUGGGCAGGUGGGAGACAGAAUAUCUUUUUAUGAUUCUAAAAGACAAACCUGUGUGUCUUGUAUGUGGAGCCAACAUGGCUAUAAACAAGGAGUACAAUAUAUGACGACACUAUGAAACAAAACACCACGACAAGUGCAAGGACAUGGACACGACAUGGAAAGCAGAGGAGAUGAAAAGACGUUUGGCGACCCAACAGACUAUGUUUAAAAAAGCCACAUCGCAAAGUGAGCCUGUUGUAGCGGCUAGUUUUAUUGUGGCGGCAGAAAUUGCAAAAUCAGCGCGGCCCAUCAAUGGGGGAGAGUUCGUGAAAAAGUGCAUGAUGAGAGUUUGUGAUCUCGUGUGCCCAGAGAAAAAGAAAGCAUUUUCAAAUGUGAGCCUGAGAAGGAACAUAAUCGCUGCUUGCUCAUGUGAACUUGCCACCAACUUAUUUGAGCAGCUGAUGGAGAAGGGAAAAGAUUUUGUUGCAUUCUCCCUUGCUGUGGAUGAGAGCAGCGACACAUGUGAUACUGCUGAGCUGUCAAUCUUCAUCCGUGGAGUGGACUUAAAUAUGUGUGUUACAGAGGAACGUUUGGGAUUGAAAUCAAUGCAUGGCACCACCACAGGAAAUGACAUAUUUGAAGAGGUUUCCACCUGUGUCACUGAAAUGAAGCUGCCGUGGGAUAAACUUGUGGGACUAACGACAAUGGCGCGAUGAGCAAUGUGCGGUCAAAAGAGUGGACUGGUGGGCAGAGUUCAGGAGAGGAUGCGGUUGGAAAACUGUGCCGGUGAGCUAACUGUUUACCACUGCAUCAUACAUCAAGAAUCACUGUGUGGCAAAGCCCUAAAGAUGGAACAUGUUAUGACCUCAGUAACACGAGUAGUGAACUUUAUAAGAGCAAAAGGUCUGAAUCACCGCCAGUUCAAGUCUUUUCUCGAGGAAUAUGGUUCAGAAUACGAGGAUGUGCCGUAUCACACUGACGUGAGAUGGUUAAGCAGAGGGAAAGUAAUGAACCGAUAUUUUGAGCUGCGUGAGGAAAUAUGUCAAAUCCUGGACAGCGAAGGGAAAGACACGGAGAUCCAUGAGCCAAACUUUUUGUGUGAACUGGCCUUUCUGUGUGACAUCACAAGCCAUCUCAAUGGACUAAACCUGCAGCUUCAGGGGAGGGAACGUAUCAUCACUGACAUGUACGCUGCAGUGAGGGCCUUUAAAACUAAACCGUGCUUGUGGGAGAAUCAGAUGCUCCAAGGGAACCUGGGCCAUUUUCCCUGCUGCCAAACCAUUUCAAUGCACAUCUCAACCACCGUGUUUCCACGUGCACAGUUUGCUGAUAAACUCCGCGCACUCUGUGCUGAGUUUGCCCGGCGAUUUGCCGACUGUGAUGUCCAGAAAUGUAGGUUUGAACUUCUGAGCAAUCCGUUUGCAGUUGAUGUGGAAAAUGCACCAACCAACCUCCAAAUGGAGCUGAUUGAACUCCAGUGUAGUGACACGCUGAAGUCAAAGUAUGACGCUGUGGGUGCUGCACAGUUUACACAUUUCAUCCCUGACACAAUGCCUCAGCUCCGCACCCAAGCUGCUCAGAUGCUCUCCAUGUUCGGCAGCACAUAUCUAUGUGAGCAACUAUUCUCCUCGAUGAAGAUGAUCAAAACAGCUCACAGGAGACGUCUGACUGAUGAACACCUUUGCUCAGUCCUAAGGAUUUCCUCAGCUCAGAGCCUGACCCCAGACAUCAAUGAACUGGCAUCCAAGAAGAGAUGACAGGUAUC